UGGCCCUCGGCGCGUCUCCUCGAGCCACUGCGAAAAUUCAAUCUAUACGAGUAUGACUUCAGCAUUGAUAACCGGCCUUACUGCUCCUAUUAUUAUUAGGCUUGUAUGUCCGCUCAUGACAUGACUUCUACGGACAUCGACCAGCGGCCGGCAAAGAAACGUCGCUUCUUUGUCGAAGACGAGCCCGAAGCCCUCCGUAUUGAGACCGCAAAGGGCGUGGACGCGUCUCUCGAGGAGGCCGCCGAUGCUCACUCAGCCCGCAUUCCAACACCAGGCCUCUUGAACCCCGAAGCCCCAUCUCCUGUUUCCCAUGAUACGACUAUACCAGUAGCUGGACCUGCCGCUGCAGUUGAAGAUGGAUUUGACGGUGAACUUUUCGCUACCAUUGUUGGGCAACCGGUCGACCCCGAUACCUUUCAAAAAAUUCGAACGGCUGCGAAGAAUGACAUGCAAACGGCGAUUAAUCUUUAUCUUGACGGUUCUUGGGAGAAGGAUAUUACAAUACGGCCCUCUACAGUAUCAUCUUCCGCACAAAAUGGAACAAACGCGCAACCAAGUACGAAACAGGAUACAGAGAUUUCAGAACCCGUGAUCGAAGACACACCCCAGAGCGGCGUGGAAAUGGACCUCAAUAUUCUCAGGUCUGAUCCAGCAUUCCGUUAUAUAGGCGCAUUUGGUGUUGGUGCAUGGUCAACAAAGAGCGGCACCAAUUUGGUACAACAUGGAGAGUCAGUUUACAUUGAGCGGACGAAAAUACAACCAACCACGAGGCCUGGGAGGGGAGGGAAAACUGUGCCGCGAAUGUCAAGCCAAAAGGGAGAUGUGAUAACGCGGUUUACUAAUGGGAAUGGUGAAGAGAUUGGAAGACUUCCCCGCGAAACGGCUGAGUGGGUUUCGACAUUGAUUGACCAGAAAAUAUGCCGAUUUGAGGGUGUUUGCGUUUUUGCCCCAGAGCGAAUCCAUGUCAAUGAUACCAUAUAUCUCCAGCUGAGAUGCUUUCUAUUGAGGGAAGCGUUUCAGCAUAAUUCAUUUACGGCCCUCGGGGAUGAUAAUGCUCCUCCAAGAAUAUUUGAGGAACAAGAAACUUCAGAGGAAAAGACCCUUCGUUUGCGACAAGUAGCGUUAGUUAAGCUCUUUGGCGAAAUAAACCUUGAGCCAACGUCGAGUAGCGAUAUGACCGCACGGCACAAGAGGGAAGACUUGCUGCUGGCGGCGGAGAUGAGCGAGAAGAUGAACGAGAAGCCUAAAAAGACACCAAAAUCCUCUGUCCCCCAGCAAACUGGAGCGAGCGAAUCUUCAGACGAGGAAGAGGGUGAGAAGCUCGAUGAAGAUCAGCUUGAUACACUAUAUAAAAAGGCCCAAUCUUUUGAUUUCAAUACACCUGAAAUGGAGCCGGGACCUGAUUUCGUUAUGCACCUUCGAAAGUACCAAAAGCAGGCUUUGCAUUGGAUGCUAGGGAAAGAGAAGGACACCCAACCCGAGAGACAGCAAUCCAUGCACCCAUUGUGGGAAGAAUAUUCCUGGCCAACAAAGGAUAUGGAUGAUCAGCCGUUACCUCGCGUGCACAAUCGUGACAAGUUCUAUGUCAAUCCCUACUCUGGCGAGCUUAGCUUGGAAUUUCCUGUCCAAGAGCAAAAUUGUUUGGGCGGCAUCCUAGCGGAUGAAAUGGGUCUUGGGAAGACUAUUGAGAUGCUAAGCUUGAUCCACUCCCACAAGUCUGAGGUUGUUAAAACCCAGCCUGUAAGAUUUGAUAGCUUAUCUACCGCGUCUCUCAAUUCCUCUCGUGCUGUUCCUGCUCCAUAUACCACCCUUGUCGUAGCUCCGACUUCCCUCCUCGCUCAAUGGGAAAGCGAGGCAAUGAAGGCUUCAAAGGAAGGAUCAAUGAAGGUUUUGGUUUACUACGGUAGCGAUAAAGCUGCAGAUUUGAGAAAGCUCUGCUCCGUUGCCAAUCGAAAUUCUGCUCCAAACCUCAUCAUUACGAGUUACGGUGUUGUUCGUUCAGAGCAUAGCCAGCUCGCGGGUCGGUCUUCUAUUACCUCGAGUGGAGGUCUCUUUUCUGUGGACUUUUUCCGUGUUAUUCUCGACGAGGCGCAUUAUAUCAAGAACAGGGCGUCUAAAACUGCGCGGGCUUGUUAUGAUAUCAAAGGCACUCAUCGGUGGGCGCUCACAGGCACUCCGAUCGUUAAUCGACUUGAAGAUCUCUUCAGUCUAGUGCGAUUCCUCAAAGUAGAGCCGUGGAGCAACUUUUCUUUCUGGAAAACUUUUAUCACCGUUCCAUUUGAAUCUAAGGAUUUUCUGCGUGCGCUAAAUGUUGUACAAACUGUUCUUGAGCCGCUUGUCAUCCGUCGAACCAAAACCAUGAAGACCCCUGACGGCGAAGCCCUCGUUCCGCUACCCCCUCGAACCAUUACAAUAACUGAAGUCGAACUUUCAAGCCAAGAACGUGAAAUCUAUGACCUGAUAUUCACUCGAGCUAAGCGAACUUUCAAUGAUAAUGUAGCGGCGGGCACCAUUUUAAAAUCGUACACGACCAUUUUUGCACAAAUUCUUCGUUUGCGACAGACCUGUUGUCACCCCGUGCUUACGCGAAAUCAAACAAUAGUUGCGGCAGAAGAGGAUGCGGCCAUCGCUACGGACGAUGCUAACGUUUUUAAGGAUGAUAUGGACCUCCAGGAUCUCAUUGACCGAUUCACGAUGACAACCUCGAGCGAGGACGCUGAUAGCCAGCAGGACCCUACUAACAAGUUCACCACGCACGCACUACGGCAGAUACAGACUGAGACAAGUGGAGAAUGUCCCAUUUGCACAGAUGAACCGAUGGUUGACCCUGCUGUUACGUCCUGUUGGCACAGUGCUUGCAAGAAUUGUUUGGUAGAUUACGUAGAGCACCAAAGAGACAAAGGACAGAUCCCUCGCUGUUUCUCUUGCCGCGAGACCAUUACUAUGCGAGAUAUUUUUGAAGUAAUCCGUCACAAAUCACCCAACCAAACACCCGGUGAGCGGGAUUCUUACGAUAGUACCCCACCAACGUCAGCCUCUCCUGCGCCUCGAAUAUCGCUUCGUCGCAUAAACCCUCUAUCCCCAACGGCUCAGACAUCUGCCAAGAUCCACGCCCUAAUUUCGCAACUGACCAGACUUCCGCCAAACACCAAGUCCGUUGUUUUCUCGCAAUUCACCUCUUUCCUCGACCUCAUCGGACCGCAAUUGACCCGUGCUGGAAUUCCACAUCUACGCUUCGAUGGCACGAUGGCGCAGAGGGCGCGUGCGGCAGUCCUUGCGAAAUUUUCCUCCGUGGGUAUCCCUGACGAGGAGGACGGUGAAGAUGAGGGCAACAAGCGUCAAUCCAAUCUUUCCUUAUCGCGCUCGCACGUUAGGGAACCUACACCAAACGUCUUGUUGAUCAGUCUCCGGGCUGGAGGCGUCGGGUUGAAUCUUACCACUGCGAAUCAGGUGUUUAUGAUGGAUCCCUGGUGGAGUUUUGCGACUGAAGCACAGGCAAUCGACCGGGUUCAUCGCAUGGGUCAAUUGAAAGAUGUGUCUGUGACCAGAUUUAUUGUCAAAGAUAGCAUCGAGGGCCGUAUGUUGAGGAUCCAGGAACGGAAAAUGAUGAUUGCUGGAUCAUUGGGAUUACGGGUUGGAGGGGAUGGGGGCGAGGAGGAGCGGAGGAAGGAAAGGAUUGAAGAGUUGAGGUUGUUAUUCGAGUAGAGCAUAUAGGGGAGGGGGUUGAUUUCUUCGCAGGUGCGUGUGGAUGGCACCAUAGCGUAUAUGCGCAUUAAUCGGUUUUGGAUACGGAUUAGAGAUUCUGAAGAUAUAUAUCUCUGCUUCUGGUUAAAUAUUGUUAUACGGAGUACUUCAAUAAAUACGACUUUUUCUUGAGAGUAAUCAUUCUUAAGUUCCCCAUAAGAUCGUUUUUAAUAGUUAUACCAAAGGCUACGGUUGUUCAUUCUCACCAUUCUCAGAUAAAACAUAUGAUAGCACCUUGUUAUCGUCUAUAAGAUCAUAGAAAUUUAAGAAAGCCAGAAGCAAACUGUUGACUCCUCCUAGCAAACUCAUCCUCGCACAAUUUACAUGCCACGCGACAAUACAAAGUGACACCUCAACGGACCUCAGCACUCACAAUGUGCACAAUCUGUUCCACUCAAAGCGCCCAGUCCUCCCCUCCCUACGAAUAAUGCUUACCACCCUUAUGCAGCUUCUCCUUUAAAUGUGAAAACGAAGGGUGUGGUAUCGAAUGGUGUUGCGACGGAGUAUUAUUCUGAUUAGAACCGCCGUCAUUACCAGCAUUCUUUUCAUGUUGAGGAGCCGACGACGGUUUUGAUUGCGGGCUUUGGGCUUUGGGCUCCUUGCCCGGCCCAUUCUUGCCAAGAGAAACUUCUUGAUGAUGUUCGGCUAGAAGGCCUGCAAAAGUAUUGGCUAUUUAGCAUGGCAAAUGAAAUUUUUUAUUAAGAAAGUAGGGGUUCUUUUCAACAAGGGACGUAAAAAUAAAUACAUAUAGAUAGAGACAUAGGAAAUGGUAAAAUGAAUUGGAACUUACGGUCAGCUUCUCUCCCCGCGCCGGGCUCCGCAGCAUCAAAAUCACCCCCUUCAGCAGCGUAUCCAGUGCUGAAUACAUGGUGCUCUUCGAGCGGAGGAUUCUGAGCCCGAGGCUGACCACGAGCACUUGCAGCAUUUGGUUUCUGGGGAGCUGAUACAUGGCUAGUUCCGGUGGGAGGUGGGGCCAUUCGUGCAGCAGCAGCAGCUC